AUGGCCUUCCCAGCAACCAAAAAGAGCAAAAACACCAACAAAAACGACCGCGUCAGGCGAAGCGAUAGAAUCCUCCGCAAGAGUAAGUCUAACGUUGAUGUUGCAUCCGCUCCACUGGGGAGUUGCAAUGGGGCAGCCUGCCACACGAUGGAUGAUGCGGACACUGUCGGCGUCAACUCCUCGUGGCAGAACCGAAAGGACACCAUGCUGAAGAGAUGCAAGACAUACCCCGUGCCGAAAACUUGCGACGAUGUUGGGGCUGUGUACCACAUGCCCUGUAGCAACCACUGGGAUCAGCGAAAGUCAGCUCUAAUAAGGUCGAAAAGUUUGAACUCUGGGGAAAGCAAGAAGGCCAAGAGGCGGGUUAGAAGGAUUCCGAGGGCCAGGAGACAGAAAGAGUCCCCACCGGUGCCGAAGGCAACCCCAGACCCAGAGCAGACGCCUGCCCCAAGACCUUCGUUUUGUCGGUGGCAGAGUGAGCCUCAGCUGCUUGUGGAGCUAGAGGAGGAAAUUCAAGUGCAACAAGGCAGCGAUCAGAAGAUGACCCGAUGGGAUACCGGUACUGGUAGUAAUGGUAGUCCAAGGCGGUGCACGAGUUGCCCCCCUGUACCUCGGCGCCCCUCAAGCCCUAGCAAGGAGGACGCUGACUCCGCUACAAAAACUUAUUCUCCCAGAAAGCCGCAACGGCGUGCCUCUGUUACCAAGGAGGACGAUCUUUUCCCAAUUGGAAAGCCAACGAUGGCAUUCGUGGGGGAAAUGACUGACUACGGAAAGGAUCUAAUAGUGGAGGAUCAGAAAGUCAAUGUGAUCAGCUUUGCGGCAUAA